AUGGCUUCUCUCAAUACCUCAACAAACGGACCUUCGAUCUCCAAGAGCUAUCAGUCAAUUGUCAGCGCCCCUUCUCCAACCGGUCCGGCCGCAGCCUCGCCCACGUACGGUCAAUGGGCUGUCUUCUCAGUUUCAGCACCUCUUGCGAAUGCCUUUCAGCAGGACUCGGGAAAUAAAGAGAGCGUGUUGAAGGUACAAAGCACGGGGGAAGGUGAACUCGUCGACCUGAUUGACGAAUUCUCUGAUGGCCGCAUUCAAUUUGCUUUUCUCAAGGUCAAGGACUCCAACACAGGUCUUCCUAAAAGUGCCCUCAUCGCCUGGUGUGGUGAAGGUGUCCCCGAACGAACUAAAGGCUAUUUCACAAGCCACCUGACUACAGUUGCGAAAUUGUUGCAUGGUUACCAUGUCCAGAUUACUGCGAGAUCAGACCGUGACCUCACCCCGGACAGUAUCAUCCAGAAAGUCGCGGAUGCCUCGGGCUCGAAAUACUCUUCAAGCACCUCUGCCGCGGCUGCCCCUCCUCCGGUUGCUGCAACCAAGCCCACCAUUGCCUCGAAACCUGUCUUUACGCCUACCCAGAGUACUGGAGUUUCGGCUGGGUAUAAUCCUGUAGCGCGCAAUCUACCCAAAAGAGAUGCUAAUGUGGAUGAGGAUGGUUGGGGUGCAGACGCUCCUCCGGUCACAAGAACACAGCUGGAGAAAGUAGCGCCAGCUUAUCAGCCUACAAAGGUCAAUAUGAGAGACCUCAGUUCACAAAAGCCGGCCCCAUCGCCCUUCACGGGCAGCGAGGCGGACGAUCGGCCUGGAGUCGUCCGAGGUGCAUAUCAGCCCGUCGGCAAGGUUGACAUUGCGGCCAUUCGACGUCAAGCCCAGGUAUCAGGCUCCUUAAAGGACGACAGACCGGAACCCGUCAAGGGUGCUUAUGAGCCUGUCGGCAAGGUUGACAUCGCGGCCAUUCGCGCAAAAGCGCAGAGACCCGAAGACUCAAGUGGCUUUUCACGGCUGCCUCCUGUCUCAAGCACAUCGACCGGACCUUCUGAAGAACCGGAAAUGCCCACUCGUUCGCUGGCAGAGAGGUCGGCGGCCUUUUCCCAAGGGCCUGAGCGGUUGACAUCCCUCCCGAAACCUAAAGUGGCUAACAAGUUUGGUGGCGGCUCGACUUUCACUGGGACCAAAGCACCACUUCCCGGUGGUUUCGAGGCAAAGCCUGUUGCACCAACUGCCCCUGUGGGCGCGGCGAGUAGGACAUUCGCUGACCAAGGUGGGAAGACGCCCGCGCAGCUGUGGGCUGAGAAGAAGGCCCGUGAAAGAGGUAUGAGCGGCUCGGGUGAACCUCCAGUAUCGCCUUCUGGUUAUACCGGGCAGCCACCUAUCGCCGCGCAAAAGAGCGGUGACGGCGGCUGGAAGAGUGGUUACACAGGCAAGACGUGGGCUCCCGUGCAAACUACGCAUACUGGCCGCAGCAGUAUUGGUCAACAAGUGACGGGCGAAGGUAUAAGGGCGGUCGAGGAAGAGGAGGCUCCAACUUCUCCAGUUGGCGGAAUCAGCUCGAUCCGAGAUCGCUUCAGCGGAGCGCCACCGAUGGGAGCUCCGGCAACCUUUGACCGAGCGCCACCCCCUGCUCCGGAGCCAGAUACAAGCAGCAAGCCCAAUCGUGGCAUUCCAAUCCCGGGCCUACCACUGUCGCAAUCUAGGGAGGAAGAGUCCGCACCAGCACUACCUCCUCCACCCGCACAACCUCGAAGUCCCACACCCGAGGAGGAGCCGGAGCCGCCAAGUGGCUCUCCUAUUCGCGUGGCCAUACCAGUCAGCGCCUCAGCGGAUGUUGCCGAUGCUCACGAGGAGCAACUAUCUCCUCCACCUGUGUUGCCAGCAACUUCUAUGGCGCGGGCCAUUCCCACCCCAGCGGCAAGAGAAGAGGACGAUGAACCAGCUCGAGGCCCUGACCUGGGCAGAACUGCGGCAGUGGCUGCGGCAGCCACUACUUUGGGAACCGUGGCCGUCGAGUCUGCUCCGGCACCGGGGCCUGCAGCUGGAGGGGAACGUGCUCGGGCUGAGUAUGACUACGAGGCAGCCGAGGAUAAUGAAGUAUCACUGCGUGAAGGUGAAAUGGUGACCGACAUCCAACGAAUUGACCCAGAUUGGUGGCUGGUCAAGAACGAGGCGGGACAGACCGGACUAGUACCCAGCAAUUAUCUCACGCUGCUGGAUGACGAUGCUGGCGGUGCAGCUGCCCCUACCCCAGCGGCUGCUCCUGUCGCCGCGGCAGAGCCAAUUCCUCCCGCAUCGGCUCCGGCAGCUGCUGAGGCCCAUGGGGCGACAGCAACUGCGCUCUACGACUAUGAGGCUGGAGAGGACAACGAGUUGUCAUUCCCGGAGAACGCGAUCAUCACCAAUGUGUCAUUUCCUGACGACGACUGGUGGCAUGGCGAGUACAACGGUCACACUGGACUUUUCCCUGCCAACUAUACGAAACUGAACGACUGA